GGGGAAAGAGGGAGGACAGGGGGCGCGGAGUCAGAGUGGCGCAGCAAGUGGCUGCAGGUGGCGACGUUGGCGGGGAGUGGGGAGUGAGGUAGUCCAGGGAUCUCGGAGGAGAAGGCUGAGAGAGUCAAAAGGAAAAGUAAAGCUGCAGUCUGGCCUACUGAUCCGGGGGCCGCGGAGCCCCCACCCAGGGAGAUGGACCUCAACCGAAUCAUCCAGGCGCUGAAAGGUACUAUCGACCCGAAGCUGCGGAUUGCAGCUGAGAAUGAGCUCAACCAGUCCUACAAGAUUAUCAAUUUUGCCCCCAGUUUACUUCGGAUUAUAGUCUCUGACCACGUGGAAUUCCCAGUACGCCAGGCAGCUGCCAUUUACCUGAAGAACAUGGUGACACAGUACUGGCCAGACCGAGAACCUCCUCCAGGAGAAGCAAUAUUUCCAUUCAACAUUCAUGAAAAUGAUCGCCAGCAGAUACGUGAAAACAUUGUGGAAGGAAUAAUUCGGUCUCCAGAUUUAGUGAGAGUCCAGUUAACAAUGUGUCUCCGUGCCAUCAUUAAACAUGAUUUUCCUGGUCACUGGCCAUCGGUAGUCGACAAGAUAGACUAUUACUUGCAAUUACAGAGCAGUGGAAGCUGGCUUGGCAGUUUAUUAUGUCUGUAUCAACUGGUGAAGACAUAUGAAUACAAGAAAGCAGAGGAAAGAGAGCCCCUUAUAGCAGCAAUGCAUGUAUUUCUGCCUCGUAUUCAGCAGCAGAUCAUCCAGCUUCUUCCUGAUUCCUCCCAUUAUUCUGUGUUACUACAGAAACAGAUUCUGAAAAUCUUUUAUGCACUUGUUCAGUAUGCAUUGCCUCUUCAGCUGAUGAAUCACCAAACCACCACAGAAUGGAUGGAGAUCUUUCGAACCAUUAUUGACAGAACAGUUCCUCCUGAGACUCUGCAAAUUGAUGAGGAUGAUAGACCUGAACUAGUAUGGUGGAAGUGUAAGAAGUGGGCUUUGCAUAUUGUAGCUCGUCUUUUUGAACGAUAUGGAAGCCCAGGAACUGUUACAAAAGAAUACUUUGAAUUUUCUGAAUUCUUCCUGAAAACCUAUGCAGUGGGAAUUCAGCAGGUACUACUAAAAAUUUUAGAUCAAUAUAGACAGAAAGAAUAUGUAGCCCCCCGUGUUCUUCAGCAAGCAUUCAACUAUCUCAAUCAAGGGGUUGUUCAUUCUGUAACCUGGAAGCAGAUGAAACCGCACAUACAGAACAUCUCUGAGGAUGUGAUUUUUUCUGUGAUGUGUUAUAAAGAUGAGGAUGAAGAGCUGUGGCAAGAAGAUCCGUAUGAGUAUAUAAGGAUGAAAUUUGAUAUUUUUGAAGAUUAUGCUUCUCCCACUACAGCAGCCCAGGCUCUCUUAUAUACUGCUGCAAAGAAAAGAAAAGAGGUGUUGCCAAAAAUGAUGGCAUUCUGUUAUCAAAUCCUAACAGACCCGAACUUUGACCCUAGGAAGAAAGAUGGAGCCCUGCAUGUGAUUGGAUCCCUAGCUGACAUUUUAUUAAAGAAGAGUUUAUUCAAGGACCAAAUGGAGUUGUUGCUGCAGAAUCAUGUAUUUCCAUUAUUAUUGUCUAACCUGGGAUAUCUUCGAGCUAGAUCCUGUUGGGUGCUUCAUGCAUUCAGUUCUUUGAAGUUUCAUAAUGAGCUCAACCUAAGAAAUGCAGUUGAACUGGCAAAGAAGAGCCUGAUUGAAGAUAAAGAGAUGCCUGUCAAAGUAGAAGCUGCCCUUGCUCUUCAGUCAUUAAUUUCUAACCAGAUACAAGCUAAGGAGUAUAUGAAGCCACAUGUAAGGUCUAUUAUGCAGGAGCUGUUGCACAUUGUUAGAGAGACAGAAAAUGAUGAUGUUACUAAUGUUAUCCAGAAGAUGAUAUGUGAAUACAGUCAAGAGGUGGCCUCAAUUGCUGUUGAUAUGACACAACACCUGGCUGAGAUAUUUGGCAAAGUUCUUCAAAGUGAUGAAUAUGAAGAAGUUGAAGACAAGACAGUAAUGGCUAUGGGAAUUUUACAUACCAUUGAUACUAUCUUGACAGUUGUAGAAGAUCAUAAAGAGGUUACUCAACAGUUAGAGAAUAUCUGUCUACGGAUCAUUGAUCUUGUUUUACAUAAACAUAUAAUUGAAUUUUAUGAAGAAAUCUUUUCACUGGCAUAUAGUUUAACCUGUCAUAGCAUUUCCCCUCAGAUGUGGCAGCUUCUAGGUAUAUUAUAUGAAGUUUUUCAGCAGGAUUGUUUUGAAUAUUUUACAGACAUGAUGCCUCUCCUGCAUAAUUAUGUGACAAUAGAUACAGAUACUUUACUAUCAAACCCAAAGCAUUUAGAAAUACUUUUUACAAUGUGUAGAAAGGUACUGUCUGGAGAUGCAGGAGAAGAUGCAGAAUGUCAUGCAGCCAAACUUUUAGAAGUCAUCAUUCUCCAGUGCAAAGGAAGGGGAAUUGAUCAGUGCAUUCCACUCUUUGUUCAACUUGUUUUGGAGAGAUUAACGCGAGGAGUCAAAACUAGUGAGCUCCGUACUAUGUGUCUUCAGGUGGCAAUUGCUGCCUUGUACUACAAUCCCGAUUUGCUGCUACAUACAUUAGAACGAAUUCAGUUACCUCACAAUCCUGGACCUAUAACUGUACAGUUUAUAAAUCAGUGGAUGAAUGAUACAGAUUGUUUUCUUGGGCAUCAUGACCGGAAGAUGUGUGUAAUAGGACUGAGUAUCCUUUUGCAAUUGCAAAAUCGACCUCCUGCAGUAGAUGCUGUGGUGGGACAGAUUGUUCCUUCAAUUCUUUUCCUCUUCCUUGGCCUAAAGCAGGUCUGUGCUUCUAGACAAUUGCUAGACCGGGAAGAUCACUCAAAAGCAGAGAAAGCUGAUACAGAAGAAAAUGAGGAAAUUUCAAGUGAUGAAGAGGAGACAAAUGUAACUGCUCAAGCAAUGCAGUCAAAUAAUGGAAGAGGUGAAGAUGAGGAAGAAGAUGAUGAUGACUGGGAUGAAGAAGUAUUGGAAGAAACUGCCCUUGAGGGCUUCAGCACUCCACUUGACCUUGACAGUAGUGUGGAUGAAUAUCAGUUUUUUACACAAGCUCUGCUAACUGUGCAGAAUCGAGAUGCUGCCUGGUACCAACUGCUGGUGGCACCACUCAGUGAGGAUCAGAGGAGAGCACUACAGGAGGUUUACACAGUGGCAGAGCACCGAAGGACGGUGGCAGAGGCAAAGAAGAAGAUUGAACAACAGGGAGGCUUCACAUUUGAAAACAAAGGAGUCCUCACUGCAUUUAACUUUGGGUCGGUGCCCAGCAACAACUGAAGGAAGGAACAUCAACCGACCAAAGGCUUUCGCUACAUUUUAUUUCACAAGGGUGGUGUGCGGGACAAGGGAAGGAGAUAAGGGGGCUGCCUUUUCCAGUGCCCUCCUGCUGUACCAGCUACCAUCUGGCCUUAGGCAGUUCUCCACUCUCCUCUUCCCCUUUGACCUUGUUCAUCUGGAAACAUAUAUUUUAAACAACUACUGUAAUAUAUGAAAGUAAACAAAAUCAUUGAACUGAAAAGGACAAACUGUAUGCUCCAAAGGAAGAAUGACCAAGGUGGUUUUAGAAAAUUGGACUGAAUUGCACGUCUCAGGUUUUUGCCAUGCAGAAUCAAUGGAUUUAUGCGGAUAACAGUGCCUUCUGUUGUACAUGAAUUAUCUGAAAAAUUUUUUUGGAGUGCAUUGCAAUUUUUUUUAAAGCAUAAAACAUAUUUCUAGAUGUAAUGUAAACUUUGGUUAUAUGUUGACUUAUUCUGCAUUUUACUAUGUGAAUUUACUGUUAGGCAGUUAGCUACAAGUCACUCUGGUUUCAAAAACAUCACUGCUCCCCUUGCUCAGCCUGUUGCUGGGGGCUUCCUUCAGGGGUUGUAAAAUAUGCACUGGCUCUGGUUUUUCAUAACAUGUUUUGUGGCUUUCCUAAGAAGUGUCUUCUUUCCUCUUCCAACAUACUUUUCAGGCUUGAGAGGGGUGGUAUUUCUUUUGGGGUCAGCAAAUAUGAAUAUCAAUAUCAUUCAUAGUCUAUUAAGUUCAGGACUCAACAAUUUCUUGGCAGCAAGUGGUGGGGGCUCUUUAAUCACUGGAGUUAACUGUAAGUCUGUGUAUAUUCCAAAUCAUAUAAUUUUAAUUAUGCAUGUCUUAGUUAUCUAGUGCUGCUGUAACAGAAAGACCACAAGUGGAUGGCUUUAACAAACAAAUUUAUUUUCUUACAGUUUAGGAGGCUAGAAGUCCAAAUUCAUAGCGCCGACUCUAGGCAAAGGCUCUCUGUUGGCUCUGGAGGAAGUUUCUUGUCUCUUGAGCCUCUGCUUCCUGGUUCCUUGGAGAUCUCCAUGUGUCUUGGCACCUAUCUUACCCCAUCCUUCUUCUUCACUGGCUUGCUUAAUCUCUUUUAUAUCUUAAAAGAGAUUGACUCAAAACACACCCUACACGAAUCUUGUCAUUAAUGUAACAAAGACAACCCAUUCCAAAUGGGAUUAGAGACACAGGCCUAGACGUUAGGAUCUACAACACAUUUUGGGGGGAGACAAUUCAAUCCAUACAAUGUAGUUAAUUGAUAAUUACACCUAAAGCACAUUGAACUUCUAGGAGAAAGGUGCUACAUGAGCACGCUGUCUUUGUGGAUGAGGGCUUACGUUUUUAAUAAACUAUCAUUCCAGCUGUGUUGGACCAGGGUCCAAAACAUUUUUCACUUAGGAAAAAGACCCAAAUAAAUGUAACAUCUUGUUUUCUCACACAUAUGAAUUUUUCUCCUACCUAGUUUGUUUUAGUCUUUUUUAUAGCUCAGUUUGGCUUCUUAUAUAUUUCAAGGGUUGGGGAUAUUGGUCAGCUGCAUUCUUAGACUGUAACAAUUUAAGAUAGUCCAUAGAAAAUAUUGCAGGUGGGGGUUACAGCUGUUUUCCUAAACUGGUUCAAGAUUAAAAUAUAGAUCAUAGUGUUUUCAUUCCAUAAAAUGAAAAUAUAUUUUCAGAAUCUAACAUAUUAUUUGAUGUGAUAUAGUUUUUUCAUUUUUGUGGAAUGUCUGCAGCUUAAAUUUCCCAUCAAUGACUGGAGGAAUUUUUCCAGGUGCUUCCUAUAUUGCCAUCCCUUGUUAAUACUAACUCUUUUUAGAAUUCUAGGUUAUUUAAGUAAUUUUUAUGGAAUUACCUGAAAAGCCAUGAGUUUCUGAAUUGAAUGAUCAUCUGCUUUCCCCUCACUCUCCCUUUCCAAGAUAUUAAAGCUGAAAUGUGCCAACUGGCAGUUAAAAGAGAAAGGUGACAUUGGGGGACAUUUUAAAGGUCUUAAACUUGAAGCUCUUCCUAUUUUACCUAUGUCCUAUAUAGCUUAAUUUUAACAUAAAUAAUAUGCCUUUACCCAGGAUUUUAAAAGGCAUGUAGUUUUUGAGAAUUUAUUUUGUGAUGUAUUAUCUUCUGCAGUAUUAAAGGGAAAGAAGUAUUAAUGUGCAUCACCCUAUUUUAUUUUUGAAGCCAGGGUAGUUGUAUAAUUUUGUUACCAGCAGUGCUACAAUGAAUGUGAUCUGGUUACCUUGGAAAUGCAGGAACUUAUGAAUGUACUGUAAAAUAAAAUGCAGAUUGAUUCCCAGAA